GUACACCAAUGGGCGACACACAGACGGCUGCAGUGUGCUGGAGCUGUCAGUUUCACAUGCCUAGCCGCGGCACAAUGCUUCUUCGUCUGAUUCUGUUUUUGUGCCUUCUGCUGUCGGAGACGGCCAACACCACCCACACGUCUACCACACCGGGAGUUACCCACGAUGACGUUACCCAUUAUUUCAUUCGGCGGGAGCCCUCCACGCUUCUUAGUGCUGCCACGUUGGCAACUGGUGCUUUCCGCGGUGCGAUAGUUCGAGAACGAGAAUUGGCGCCCAAUUUAGGCAAAAUCGAAGGCAUCAAAGGUAAUAGCAACUCCACCACUUCUCAUAGGGUGAGAGGUGCCGCAGCUGUUGCAGGUGGCGCUAAGCUGAUAGACAACGUAUGGGGUGACGUCUCACCGCUGACCACUGCACCGCAAGGGAAUGACAUCACUUCGCAGAACCUCGUCCCCGUAUCAACGGCGAUGGAAACCUCCAGACGAGGAGGCGGCCACCUAAGCAAUUUGCUCUCCAGUCAUGGGAGCAGCGAGAAAGACGGAGACAGCGGCGCGAGUGAGAAGGGAGUACACAACGCCCUGAUGAUGAUGAUGGGCACGUUGGUGAUGGGGAAGAUGGUCAUGCUGAUGCCAAUGAUGUUACUGAAGUCUGCUUCUGAACUUCUUCAGUCAUUACUUUCUCUGGCGAUGAAAGUGCUGGAGAUGGCGCAGAAAUUGCUGGAAAGAAAUUCCGAGGGUCGGAGAGGCGGCCGGCACAGCAGCGGCGGAGGGGACGUAGGCAGAGGAUCGGAGGCGACCCACAAGCAAGUCGUAGUGCUGCAGCUCCCAAAGGACCACCACGAGUCCUGGGUCAGCGACCACUCACCGCACGCCGUGGAGCAUGACAACUACGGCGGCGAGGCGCACCCGGGACAUGGCUGGAGCGAAGAGUACGCACUGCGCGCCAGCAGUUACCACCCUCAAGAGUGGUCGCCGCACGCGGGCGGCGGCGGUUGGCGGGUCUGGAACACGGAACAGCGCGCACACGAGCACCGCAGGCGCCGCGCGGGAGCGCCACAGGCUGUCCGCAGAGCCAGCGGCAACGGGACGGGUGGUCAAGGGCUCGCGUAUCGCUACUGGAUCCCGCGAGCCAAACCUCCAACCGAAGACUCUGCACUGCUAAUUGGCUGAAUCGUCUGACUCUUGGGCAGUAAACAGGCUCUGAUGUUACUACAAUGGUGGGCAGCUGGGAGGCUGAGUUGAAAAAUGUCCUGCCACUAACCAUUAACACGUUAUUACUUACUUCCGUUCAAAGUAUACUUCUCUUGCGCUGUUGAACGUCAUUUCAAGUACAGAUCUGCACCGGACUCCCGGCAGUAUAGCCUAACUACAAAGAACGAGGUGCUACUUAAAAUUUCAGAGAAUGUGAAUGUUGUGCCCGAUCAGCGGUACGAACUUCCGCCGCUAGGUGCCUGUUGCGUGCUUCAGCUGCCAGUAUUCAACGUGGCGUCAUUGUGAGUACGUCUUCUACUGUAUCUGCUAAUUUAGGAGUGGGAGACUUGAAGGUGUGGCGCAGGAAUCGAUGGUGGUGAUUGGCUGUGUGUUGUGGGGCCGUAGACAUCUCUCCAACAUUAUUUAUUAAUAACAAAACACAGCUAAUCUCUAACGGUUGCGAAAUAAUAAUAAUAAAAGAAGACAACUGGGCACAAGCUCAAGACACUGUUACCUAAAUAAACACAAAUAACAAAAGAAAGUAUCCAAAAGCUGAGGCUAAUUUUGCAAACCAAAACUAAACGUAGCAAGAAAUAGUCUAAACAACACAUAAAGAACGUCCACACUGUACUGAAAUAUGGGGAAACGUAGACUACUUCACUGAAGUCAGAAAUAUUAGGCCACAGACUAAUUAUGAGGAAAGUUAAACAAUUUAAAUAUAGCCUAACAAUAACAUAAGAGCACGCCACCAAGAUCUAAUUCAACAUAGCGCCUUACAUGACUACAACUUGUUAGAGGCAAAAGCCACUUCGCUUUGCAGUGCCCAAGAAAACACUGAACUCUACAACUGCUAGCAGAACUUAAAUGUGAAUCACAGUCAGAGCACACGUGAUUGCUCAACCGAUAUUCUCCUCGAGCGCCAACACCACGACACUCUUCUCGAACACCGCCACGGGCAGUACUCACCAGUUUGCAACCAGUACAGUCUACAGUGGAGACGCCAGAUACCGACUGCCCAGUCGGACCUGGAGCUGUGCCUGCGUGUUGAUAACAAAUUGCCACUGUCUGCCAGCUGUGGCCCUGACUUGGCACCUGACUGCCCCACUCCUGGCCAGGUACACCCGUAGUGCUCACACUGCCGUCUCGGUUGCUGCCUUAUAGAGUCCUUUCACAUUAUCCCUCAACAGACUGACUCUCUUCCAGCCACCUCCCCAUCCUCCAUAGUAAGGGGCCGCAGCCAACCGCCACUCGUGUCCCCAGACACACACCCUGCUACACUUCUCACAAGGUAGGUCUCUAGACUCGAACAGGCGUUCAAUGUUCCACUCGUAUUUAGAAGUUUGUACCACUGUGAUUAGGGUGGUGAAAGCAUUCCGUUGCGUCACUCUCAGUUUCUCCACUAUUACACUUUAAGGUUCCUCAAUAAAAUCCAUGAAACAACGCGUAGACUCGCAAUUGGCAUAUUAGGCGAAAGCUGUAUCUGAAGAAUCCUCAGAAGCACAUUCUUCAAUCAAAUUCUACUUAAAUCACAUCCUUGAAUUCUGCAACAUGUGAGGGAGUAUUGUACCCAGCCGCUUGCCAGGAAUAUUCAGCCAUAGACUGACACAUUGAAGCAGACAGCUUCUUAUGAAUAACAGAACAUAUAUUAAUAAUGAAAACUCUGCUUCCUAAUUUAGUGUCGGAGUCACUGGAGAGAGUCCUUAUACACUCCGUCAUCCUUCCUGCAUGUAUAGGGUGUUUAUAAAUGAAUAAACGGGUUUUAAAGCUUUGUAGCAUUUAUUACGUUCACCUCACUAAUAUAAAUAAUACAUCAAAUGAAAAGAGCAACUCAAACAGUUUCGUUUGUAUACCUAUACGCAAAGUGAAGAGACUAGAACGACAAAGAGUGACUGAAGAACGUGCUGAACAGGUGAGAGCCUUUCACGUGUAGCACCAAGAAAUCAGUUAGGAUGGAUAGUCGUGUUUUAGAAUUUCCAGUGAUGUCUCAGGAGGCGCUUACAACUACGUCCUCAUCGUCUGCAGUUAUUAUAAGCUGUAAAAAGCCUACAGCGUACGGUUUGUGUGUCAGCUUUGUAAAGGAAACGUUACUGGCGGAGAUGAAGAUAUUCUGGAUCGCGUCGUCUUCGGCAAUGAGUUGACAUUUCACCUGAGUGAACACUUUCAAGAAAAACUAUUUCAGCUGCUCUUUCAUUUGAUGUAUUAUUUAUAACUGUAAGUUGAGUGUAAUAAAUGCUACAAAGGCUUAGAACCCAUGCAUUCAUUUUGAAACGCCCCGUAUUUUAUAUUGCCGGAAUGAUCAUGAAUUAAAUGCCUUUAACGGCAAAUCAAUAAUUUACUAUUGUCGUGCCCUUGUGUGGACUCUGCGAAUCACAAAGUAGUAUAAAACAUCAUCAACAACAUGCACGAAAAAAAUUUGAAAUGGUCUUUUGACAUUUUCCCACUUGUGCUAGUCUCCAAAUGCAUGUUUGAUGACAGACUGUCUUCAAUAGCUUUUUUAGCUUUCGUGUCGAACGUUUUUCUUGAAGAGAAAUAUAGUUUUUUGGUAGUUGUCCAUUCAUUGAAAGCCAAACAUUUAUUAUAUGAGUUUUGAGUUGUAUCGUGUGCAGAGUGGACCAAGCCAACUCUUGAGUUUUCCCGCUUUUUGGAUAGUGUCACACCAAACGCUAGUUCGUAAUUAAAUCCACUUUGAUCAGUGUUCUGUAGAGUAAUUGUAUCAGGAAACUUGCAGUUUUCUGCUUUAUUUCUUGGAGAAAAUGGACACCAAACUGACGGAGAUAUUGGUCUUCAAGUACACAUCUGAAAGCUGUGGUGAGAAUAUGGCGCAUUGCGCAUUCUUUCUUGAGACGUUCUGCGAAAGCUGUAGAACAUUUAAACUUUGUGUGCCCAAUUUCUCUUGGUUUUUGCGUUGGGCGUAACUUCCGGUGCCAGAAACACAUUUUCUUUCAUUCCUUACUGUGUCUAACUGGGACAGAAUAUGUUGUUUUAUCUAUAGUUCUUUGAUUGCCUUGAUUCCUUGAAAUGCAUGUGCUUUAGGUCUUUUUCUCUUCACGCAAAUAUUGCUUUGAUGUUCGAAUGCUUUUUAUAGAUGCAUAUCUCUUCAUUAACGAGCUGUGGGUCAAAACCUUACAUGGAGAUGCAUGAUAAUCAUCUUAAAUACUUUCAAGACGUUCCUACGAAAAUUUUGUUAACAUACUAACAAUAUUAGAUUUCUUUCCUGCUGAAAGUUCACAGUCAUCACCUCUUUGAGGUGUACUGUUUUUGUCAUUGCCACUAGUACUACAAUCUGAAAAGCUGCUAAUCGCGUUAUCGUCAACAAAGUCGUUUCUUUAUCCACUAUCUAUCCACUGUAACUUCACUUGAGCACUGAAAUGAAUAUUUACGUAUCUGAAUAAUCAGAUCCAUCAAAAACAUUUCGUAAGUGUCAUUAUCCUGUCCUACACCAUCUUCCGCAAGCCUUCUUAACGUGGAUGUUACAAUAUUUAAAACGUUCCUAACAUUGAGGAUUUGGUCAUUUUUGCUAUACAUGUAUGACUCUAUGAAACGCGUAUACUAAACAGACAAACUACAUGCUGAGGUAACUGGUUGACUAAUGUGUUAACCCUUUCUGUUCUCCCCUCCCCUCCCCCCCUCCCUCUACCGCGACUGCAAGCGCUGUUGCGUACAACACAGUCACACACCAUGGCAGGUGUGGUUAGAAAUGUGAUAUGGGUCUGUGGGUAUGAGUAACGUGGGUACGUGCUGAAAUACAAAUUCCCGUUGGAGCCGGGAGACAUCCCUUGUCAGCUCCGCUGCUGCCCGACCAGCUGUCGGACCGCCACACUGCACUGGCCGGCCCACGCUCCGUUCACACGAGGCCGCUCGCCUGUAUUGUCAGCUUGCUGACCGUGAUUCGCGUUUCCAGACGUGCACUCCAGGAUCAGACGAUGUCUCCGACAACUCGGGAUGCAUCCACUCCGGCACGAAGCCAGCACCAGAGGGCCCGUCGUCCAUGGAGCGACGCUCCUCUCCCAAGUGUUGUCUUGUAGCUGACUGAUUACCAGUUGAGGACGGCCGAUAUUAUUCAGUGCACUGAAAUAUGAACUGUCUUGAAAGACUAAACAGUGUGAGGGCCUAAGAUUUUGAUCAUUUUGUCUGAGCUAAUAAACGGACGAUCUGCUAUUUGGAAAAUGAUCGUAUAGA